UCAGCUAAAAAGAACAGACCUCUGGCGUAACAUUCUUUUACUUGUGUCACUUAUUUUUCCACGUAACUUUCGUUAACCUUUACUGAUUGGAUUUUAUCACGGUGAAACGUGCUAUUGCUCACCAAAAUGCAGGUUCCACCAAUUUUUAUGGAAUUGCCGCUGGAUGAUCAGGCGCAAGAGCUGAGGGUAUAUUUUAAGAGCCUUGGUGCAGAAAUCAGUGAAGAGAAAUCUCCUAAAGGUAUAGAAGAUGAUUUGCACAAGAUCAUUGGAGUAUGUGAGGCAUGUUUCAAAGAAGGAAACGAAAGUGAAAUAGAAUCUGUAUUGAAUGAUAUUGUUUCUAUCAUGAUCUUGAUACCUACAGAACGUGCAGAAAAUCUGAUUUUAGCAUUUUGUGAAAAACUUAUAAAAGCACCUGGGUAUAAGUUAGGAUUGGUAUGCCUGAAAGCUUUAUGGCUAUUAUUCCAGUCUUUGGCUGAUGAUUCUCCAAUGAGAUACCACGUUUAUUAUCAUUUAGUACAAAUAGCCCGCAAUGUUGAUCAGGUAAAAGCAGUAUAUGGUGGAAUAGAUCAAUUGAAGCAACAAUUUGCCUCAUUUCCACCAUCAAAUGAACAAAUGCAGAAAUUAUUGCGUUUGUUACAUGAAGUUCUCCUAAGCUGCAAACAAGGAGAACAAGCAGCAGCAGUCAUGGUAGAACUCUUAGGGACUUACACAGCAGAGAAUGCUUCUGCAGCAAGAGAAGAUGCACAACGUUGUAUAUUGGCUGCGUUAGCAGAUCCAAAUACAUUUUUAUUAGAUCCACUCUUGGCUUUGAAACCUGUGAGGUUUCUGGAGGGCGAAUUAAUACAUGAUUUACUUCUUGUGUUUGUACAAGACAAAUUGCCAGCAUAUUUAUACUUCUAUCAACAUCACAAGGAAUUUGUUGAGCAUCAACUUGGUUUGAAUCAUGAGCAAAACAUGAAGAAGAUGAGGUUAUUGACCUUUAUGCAACUUGCUGAGACUAAUCCAGAAAUGUCUUUUGAUACAAUACAAGAAGAAUUGCAGAUCAGUGAAACUGAAGUGGAAAGUUUCAUAAUUGAUGUUUUAAAGACGAAACUUGUAAGAGCGCGCAUGGAUCAAGCAGGUCGUAAAGUAUUAAUCUCGAGCACAAUGCAUAGAACAUUCGGUCGUCCGCAGUGGAUGCAAUUACGGGAUUUACUCGUAUCUUGGAAAGCUAAUCUCGCGGCCGUUCAAGACGGAAUGAAGACCGUAGCCGCUGCACAAAUAGAACUCGCAACGAAAAAUAAGGCUGCACUUGGUCACUGACGUUACUAAAAGAUUUCAUAAA